UACAUAGUCUCGCACAUACCAUCGAACUGUUAUUUAGUUAAAUGUCCCUUUCACAUCAGCCACACUUUUACAGCAAACAAGCAUUGGCCACUAUUCAAAGUUGAUAUGCGCUCUAUCCAUUUUCUGAGCCACUUAACCUCACAAGGGUCAUAGGAGUAUUGGAGCCUAUCCCACAUAUCAGGCAGGAAGCAGGGUACACCCUAAACUGGGAGCAAGCCAAUGGCAGGGCUCAUAGAGACAGACAACAGUCACACUCAAUCAAACCUACAGGCAAUUUAGAGUCUACAUUAAAUGCAUGUUUUUGGGAUGUGGGUUGAAACCAGAGUGCACGAAGAAAACCCACGCAGGCACAGGGAGAACAUGCAAACUCCACAAGCGAGGCUGGGGUUUGAACCCCGGUCUUUAAAACUAUGAGGCCAACACUAGCCAGAUCCUUCACCGUGCCACUUGAUAUGCAUUUAUUACCAUAAUUUAGUGAAGUAAUUUUUUUUUCCCCACCUGGGACUGACCCAUGCCUAAGUAUUGUGUAGUCCACAAAUAUUAAACGAUGCUUAAAGGAAUACUCUCUCGAUAAUUCAUAUGUACAAUAAACCCUCCAAUGUGAAAUAUUAUUAUAUAUUUUGGACAUUAAUUGAAAAAAAAAAAAAAAAAAGAAAAUGAACAUUUUUGAAAUCCAAGGAAAAUCUGAAUAUGUGACAGCUUUCACAGCCAAACAUAGAAGAAACAAUCUUGACCCCGUCCCUGACAUUGCUGGUGCUCACCAUUACAGACCAUUCGUUCCAGCUAAGCCAAGAUGCUGACGUGUUGUGCAACAAAACCGAGAAACACACCCAAAUUUCUCCUUUAACCUCCCGUGGGGUUAACCUGACAGGAUAAAGAUGUGGCUGUCACAGUUGACGCUCGUUAUAUGUUUGCACGAAGUUACUGUAGAUGGAGGUAUUUGGCUCAGCAGAGCUUGAGCUAUUGGGAGGUGGCGAAAGGCUUCGGGAUGACUUGGACAUGACACCGAUCAGCUGGUCAGCUGAUCAUUUUCAAGAUGACACAUACGCAGAAUCAGGAUUGGCUGUAGCUGGAGCUUAUCAUAACAUUAAGACCCGUCUUGCCAAUUUGGAGAAGGAGAACAGCAGCAUCAAGAGAAAACUCCAACAGUAUGAGGUCAAGUUUCCAAUGAUCAAUACAUUUGGAGAAGAGAGAGUAUACUUUUCUUGUCAGCCAAUUAUUAAAGACAACAACAUCCAAUUAGAAACAUCCAACCUGCAACACAGGAUCAACACUCUCACCCAAGAGCUCCAGAAGGGCAAGGUGAGAGAAGAACAGUUAGAGGACAUAAUUCAAGCCUAUAAGAAGAUUCACUUGGAGAAAAGCAAUGUCCAGAGAGAUCUUGACAAGAUGACCACUCUAGCAGAGCAGCAUCUGGAGCGAAUCUGCAGUCUGGAGUCAGCUCUCAGACAAAGAGAAACUUCCUUUCAAAAACUCAAUACUAAACUCCAGAACAAAGAUGUACAUCAAGCUCAAGCGCAUGCCAGCCUGGUUGUGCCCAGAGACGGUCACUUGCCAAUGCUGCAGAGCUCCCGCAGUCUGGAUGCUCUCUCAGACGUAAAGCUGCAGCGUCUCGAGGCUGAGUUGGAGGGAGCACUGCAUCAGGUGAAGGGAGCAUGUCAGAGAGAGAAGGAGCUGAGAGGUGAGCUUCAGAGACUGCAGAAUGAAGUAGCCCAGGUCCAAGAGGUGCAGAGACACAAAGAGCAGGAGUUGGCCCCACACUGUGAACACUGUGAUGUUGAAUGGAUCAAAAAAGCCGGGGAUGAACAAGUUAAUCUUGCAUUGGCCUACACCAUGCUCACAGAAGAGUUGGGUCAUAUCCGGAAAUUGACGGUGAAACAAACCAACCUUCUGCGUCAAAUCCCACAGGAACCCAUUUGUCAUCCUUCCUCUGCACCUCUUUGUCUCUCCUCCACCCCACCCCAGUGUUUUUCCCUCUCCCCUGAGAGGCUGUUGCCAUCCCCCCAACUUCCCCUGCAUUAUGGCCCUGCCUCCUACUCCCAUCAGCAAACCAGCAGCAAUCUUCGAGCAAAGUUCCAGGGUCGCCGCAGUUACUCUGAGGUUUCUGACCCAUCAGCUAUCAAGAGAAUCCUACCUCACCUCACGAGACAUCCAGUAUCCACCCUUCCCAAACCCAGGUCCCUCUAUGGGGAGAUGCACGAUUGUGAACAAUCCAAAUCCCAUCUCCAGACUCCGUUGGUAGGACUAGUCAGACCCGCAUCAGCUCACGGACCUGGUGGGGAACGGAGAGUAAGAUCAGAGAGAAAUGGAGCCAGUAGUCUGAGCAGUAGUCCUUGUCAUCAGGCGCUGGAUCUUGGCUUUCCUUUGACUACUGAGGCACAAAAUCUCUGUCACUUGGAUGAUCGACCAGAGCCUACUCCACUGGUGACUCCCCAGCACUCAUCAGAUGAUGAAGAGGAUGUUGGAACUUAUCUCUCGGUCGCCAUCAGUCCUUCUCAAACACUUGGAUCCUUAUCACUUGAGGAAAAGACACUCCACCCCUUGUUCUUAUCUCAGAGGGAACUUGGCCAAAUUCCAUCUCUCUCAGCCCCUGAGGGUUCCACCACACUCUCCUGCCAUCUGCCUACCUACAUGAGCACUGAACAUGCUCAGUCAUGGCCCUCCAUCAAUUUAUUGAUGGAGUCGGAUGAUAGUGCUGUGCGAAGCUGUCCUCUGUGUCACCUGACCUUCCCAAGUGGUUACCCAGAUGAUGCCCUCAUUAGACACAUUGACUCCCACUUGGAGAACAGCAAGAUCUGACUCUCCUAAUAACCACCAUUUCCAAUUAGACCUUUUUGUUUGGCAAGUUUACAGACGUACAGCAAUAGUGCAUAGUCAUGAGUUUACAAAUUUUGAACAGGGCUUUUAUCUUUUUGUCAAAUCUCAAAAAGCAAACCAGCAACUAAAUUCUGUACAGGCUUGUUUGUUGCUUUUAUUUUCUGAUUAUAAAUCUUUUGAUUGAGUUUUUUUCACUAAGGUCAUCCAUAUAC